UCAUAAACGGGACGCCGAACCCUCCAGUUCAUUGCAAAUAUGGCGGGUAUUGGAAGCGAUGUGAUGCGUCCAUGGUAUGAAUUAGGAUCUCCGAUCGAUGCGUGUUAUCCAUCAGUUUCCACGUCAGAAGAGAAGCCGAAGAAAAAACGAGGGAUAUGCCUGGUUCGUAUGAAAUCUCGUAAGCAGCAACAACAACAACAACAACAACAACAACAACAACAUCAAGAGCCAAAACCGACUGCAAAUAACAACAAUGUGCCGUUCAAUAUACAUUGCCAGAUAGGCAAAGAGAUAAAGCACAUAUGCAACAAAUGUCGUAGCGCGGACCCGUUGGAAGCUGAAGAGGUGGAGCGGCUGGCAGCCAUGCGCUCAGACUCCCUGGUGCCGGGAACACAUACGCCUCCCAUCCGCCGGCGGAGCAAGUUCGCCAACCUGGGGCGCCUCUUCAAACCGUGGAAGUGGAGGAAGAAGAAGAGCGAGAAGUUCAGGCAGACCUCAGCUGUGUUGGAGAGGAAGAUGUCCACUCGCCAGAGCAGAGAGGAGCUGAUCAAGAAAGGUGUACUGAAGGAGGAUUACGAGAAAGAUGGUGCAGGUGCAGCGGUGCGGGAGGAGGUGAAGAUGGAGAAUGGCCAUUCCUCGCCGCUCCUGGAGGCUCUCCCGGAGGGGGACCGAGCUGAGCAGAUGGAGGGAGCAGCCUCAGCCAUCGGCACAGGGGAGCUCCCGAUGCCUGCGGAGGGCUUCACCAAACACGACAACAGCCAGAAGCCUGGCCAGUCUGCCCCCACCAAGAAGGUCACCAUGUUCGCGCCAAACGACAUCACUGAGUCCAUGCCACAAAAAACUGCCACGUUCCACAAACAACCCCCGGCUCCACCGCCCAAACCCUUCAACAGGCUGCCAAACCACAUGAAAGACGGCGCCCCCGUGAGGCUGCCCUGCAUGUCGUCCAGGCUAUCUCCUCCUCUACCUUCCAAGAAGCUCAUGAUCGCCGUGCCUGACUCAUCGCUGAUCGCCUUCCAGAAGUGCCACGUGCCGCUGGGCGGGCACUCCUUGCAGUACGGCACCCUGCCAACUGCCCUCCACCCGCCCAGCCGCAUCAUAGAGGAGCUCAACAAGACCCUGGCCCUGACCAUGCAGAGGUUCGAGAGCUCCAUGAUGCAUGCCGUUCCAACAGUGAUGAUCGAUUGCGAGGAAAAUAAGGAAAACCUUCCAAACGAGGGGAACUACGGGGACCCGGGUUACAAAGACGAAGAGGAUGAGGAGGAGUAUGAUGAAGACGAGGAGGAGGAAGAUGACGAGGAUGAAGAUGAAGAGGAGGAUGAUGAAGAGGAAGAUGAGGCAUUGUUUUCAAGCUCGCUUGCAAUGAAGGUGCUGAGGAAGGACUCGCUGGCCAUCAAGCUGAGUAACCGACCGUCGCUGAGGGACCUGGAGGACAAGAACAUCCUGCCCAUGCUGUCCGACCAGCAGAGGCUGGAGUCCCGUCAGCAGAUAGGCACCAAGCUCACCAGGCGGUUGAGUCAACGCCCAACAGCAGAUGAGCUGGAACAGAGGAACAUCCUGAAACCUCGCAAUGAAAUGGAUGAAGAGGAGAAGAGGGAAAUCAAGAGACACUUAACCCGAAAGCUCAGCCAGAGGCCCACCGUGGAGGAACUGCGGGAGGCUAAGAUUCUGAUCCGCUUCAGUGACUACGUGGAAGUGGCGGAGGCUCAGGACUACGACAGGCGGGCGGAUAAGCCCUGGACACGACUGACCGCAAUGGAUAAGGUUGAGGCCCAAACACAUUUAUAUACCCUUUUGUAUAUGGUACACAUGCACGUGAUUUGUGCAGAGAAUUCAUAUUUCCUGUUUAUUUUUUUGCAUCAGGCUGCCAUAAGGAAAGAGCUGAAUGAGUUCAAAAGCACAGAGAUGGAGGUGCACGAGUCCAGCCGUCACUUUACUAGGUUUCAUCGACCAUAAACUCCAACCCCUCCAUAGCAGUAUACUUUCCUAAUCUCCUAAUACACCACAGUGGCUGGACUGCUGCCCCUGGAAUACUACAAUAUUUUCUGGUGUUGUCCGCAGCAGCUGCCUGGAAAGAACAAUCUUUUACUACAGUAGCCCACUCUUACCUGUGUUCUAGUGCCACCACAGGAAUGUAUGACCGAUGCAUAAAAGCGACACACAGAGAGAAAAUGGCUUCCCCCCAACCUCCCAACGGAUUUUCAUUGUAGUCAUUGUUUAUAUGAUUAUGAUGAAGGGGUGGGGUAUUACUUUGCUGAAUUGUUUUUCUGCAGAACUCUGCUAAGCUGGACUUCAGAAAUUCUGAUAAAGGUAUUUGUGCCAAUGUGGGGUUUGGUAGGAGAAGAGUUCCUAAUGCUGAGAUAUUUUUGGUUCCCUGUCUAGACCAAACUCUUAGACUAUUUGCCUUUGGCACAUUCUAAUUGUACUUGUAUAUGUGACUCCCAUUGAACAUUACCAUACAUAAAAUAUCACAAAUAUCAUUACUAUAGAUCUUAAGGCAGCUGUACCACAACCACCACCACUCCUCCCGACAAGUCUUUUUUUUUUACCGAUUCACGAUAUUAGCAAUAAUCUUAGAUUUUGUCUUUCUGCCUAUUUUUGGGCUGCAUUCAAGAGCUCAAACAUUAGGAUAUUUCAGACAGCUUCACUACCAGUUUGAAACCAAAGCACCACAAAAUGAUAUGGCAGGUGUAAUCUUGAGUGCAUCCCAGAAUAAGGGUUUGGGGAGCUCCGCAAUCCACUGUGUCACUGUGCCUACAGUCUCCUUUACAGGGAUUAAACAACUGCAGACUGACUUUUCGCAUUGGAAACUUAUCCGCUAUAACCUUUAAUGCGAGAGAAAAUGGGACUUUUUUUUUGGUAUAUAUACCGUCUGCACGGUAAGACAAUUCUUUGAUAGUACUAACUAGGAAUUCCCCAACAGCCAUUUUUAUUUGGCUGUUGAUACUGAUCAUGAGUCUUGCCAAUAUAAUGUACUCAUCCUUUUACUUUUCUAAUUGUUGGUAAAAGACAGACAUUACACCACGAUGACCAUGACAGAGGAUCCGAGACAGGGUCUUUUUCCAAAAAGAACUUGAGUUGCUUUAAUGUUUGACAUUCCUCCUGGUAUUAGUUCUUGGUCUUUGCAUAAUCUCUGAUACGACGCCUGUUUUCUGGACGAUAUCAAAUACAAAUGUAAUGCAACCCUGGCACUAAUGAAUACAGAAAAACCUGCCACCCUUUAUUCAAAUGUUGUUUACAGUACACUUACAGCUCAAUUGACGGUUACCCGGUCUCAUGAAUGUGUACGAAUGGGUGUGUGCUUGUGUUUUAGAAGGGUCAGUGAUCUUACUGUACCUUGUACUACUUUUUAAAUGUUUUGACAAAUGUUAUAAUUGUCAGAAUUUUUACAUAUGUACAUAAAGCAACCAGUGAUCUAAAAAAAAAAAAAAACUUUUUUGUAUAGUGGGAAAAACUGCAUGUGAUUGUUAAUUUAUUGUGAGUCUUCUAUAAUGUAUGCAGUUUCUUAAAGAAUGAAACAUAAAUACUAAGGAAAAAACUAACACUGAGUCCAUGUCUGCAUCCUUGUGGUAUUUUCCAACAUGUUUUUGUCUUGAAGACCUCCGCAAAUGAACUGGCGAGUCAAGGGGCAAGUCUACUGAUGAUGAGUUUUUAGUCAUGCCAUCGCUUUCUCUUUAAAGCUGAUGGUGGGUCUCGUAACGCUGUGCUUACAGUCCUUCGGCACCUAUAGGUCCACACGGUUAUACAGAAUGCAUCGGCGUGCCACAGUACUUGUGCCAUAGGUCUAUGGCUUUGGUCACGAUGGCAUCCGUGUUCUCUUGGGGUAUCUGGAAUUUCAAAGAAAGUUGCAGCUCACGUGAGAUUGUGUGUACACUUGCAUGUCAUGUCAAGGCCAAAAUAAUAUUUUUUUAAGUGCUAGUAAUUCUAUGUUGGUAAACUCACAUUGCCCAGAAAUUUCACCACAACCUCCGGCCGGUUCAUGCCCAUGAGAAUGAUCUUGUAGCUGAGCAGAAUCUCAAGUCCAACAAACACCAGGAUCUUACACGAGCCACUGAUCACUUUGUCCCAUACUCUUAG